UAAAAUAAUAUUGUUCAUUAAAUAUUUUAAAGCUAGGUAGAGAAUUAAUAAGAAAAAAAAAGAAUCCAAAAGGUAGGUUAAUUAAAAUGGAAUUAAUUAUAAUGUAUAUAUGGAAUUACUAAAAUAAUUACCAUAUAAUGUAUGUAUUUAAUGACGAAAUAUAUAUAUGGAAGUAAUUAUUUCCAAACACACAUACACAUGUAAUAAAAUAGGAUAAGACAAAAUAUACUUUAAACAUAGGUUUAUUAACUAUUUUUGUCAUGAAUUUUUAGUUAGAAUUUGAUUUUGGAAAUGCUUAAUUAAAGAGGAAAAGAUAAAUAAUCCUAAAAGAUAGGUUAUUUAAUAAUUUCAGUGGCAUAGAAUGGUAAAUAAGUUGAAAACUAAGGGUAUUUUAUUUUUGUAUUUCUCUUUUAAUAAAAAAGAUAUUAAACCAAAAAUACUAUUGUAUAUUAUUUGAUUUUUUCAUUUUUAACUAUUUUUAUUUUUUUUGUUAUUUGUGAUUGAUAAAUAGUUGUUUUAUCAUACUUAGAUAUUAGGGCUUAUUUGCAUAAUAACCAUAUUUUGAAGAUAAAUUAAGUGAAUGACAAUGAUUUUGACAUAAUUAAAUAUCAGGUAUUUAGGCUACAAACUCUCCGGUUUUUUCCCUUUACGUAACAAGUUUCCAAUUGCAAAUGGAAGAAUAGGUAGUGUUGUUCUUUUUGUGGUGCAUAUCAAGCCAAAACUAUUAUCUAUGAACGAAAAGAAAGUAGCCAUAUCUCUAUGUUAUUUAUCAAAGAACAUUUUUACUGUAAGUAUAAAACGACUAAUGUAAAAUAUGAACAUGCUUGGAAUAAAUGGUUUAUUCCAUUUACCAAUCCUGUAAAUCCAUCUGCAGAAAACAAACAUUGAAGAAGGUGAAAGAAUAAAAAGUUUAAAUGUUAUAUUCCAUAUCAAAUAAAUAGUUUAAGAUACCAACAUUAUUUCACCCUCUAAAAUAUAAAUACUAAACCUUAUCCUAAUCCACCCAAACCCCUAAAUAUUAAACUCUAAACUCUAAUAUAAACCAUAAACCCAAUAUAAAAUCUAAAUCCAAAUAAAAUGAAACAAAAUAAAUAACAUAGUACAUAUUAAUGCAAUUAUAAAAUAUUUAUGAUUGCAUUGAAUAAGUUAAUGAUGACUCCAACCAUACCCCCUCACCUUCUAAAUACUAAACCCUAAACUCUAAUCAUUAAAUACUAAUCCAAAUAUGUACUAUUAAAACGGAAUGAGUCUUAAAAAAUCUACUUUUAAAAAAUUACUGGACCUAUUCAUUUUUAGUCCAAUCUAUUAAUUAUAACCAAAUAUUAUAACUAACCCCAAAUAUAGCAACCAAAUAAUGUCUCUAACAUUUUAAAAAUCUACUUUAACUCACUCAACCUUUUAUAUAAGGUCUUUCAAUAUACCACGUGACUAUACAAACAUUUAACAUAACUCAUAUCAUAUGUUUCAAAUAAUUCACUCAACGUUUUGUUUAAACCAACUUCCUCUUGAUAUAAACGAUUCUAAAAACUUUAACUGUUUAACACAUAGGGUCAUGUCAAUUAUAUCUAUUUUAUUCUCUUCCAUUAUAUCAAAUAUUUACAAAAGGUACGGUCCUGUUAAAUAUAUAUUAAUCAAACUUUCAAUAUUAUAAUACAUCAAUAUCUUUUUGUAGAAUGUCAUAAUUACUAGAAAUUCAUGGGUUCAGAUUUUUUUUUUUGUCAUCGACUUUUACAGACUCAUACUGACUCUGUAAACCAAACUGGGUGAUCCGACUUCACAAUAAAAAUAUUGAUAAUUCACGAUUUUGAAAGUUAUUUGUGUAGAUAUAUAUAUAUUUUAUAUAUUUUUCACUUAAAAAAUAAUUUAUACUAUUAAAAAGAAUCAUUUAAAAUCUAAUAUAAAAAGUUGUUGAAGUAAUGUAUAACUAUUUAUUAUUUUUUCCCUACCAUUCAUUACCUAUUCUAACCAUAUAAUAUUUUAAAUAUUUUUAACAAUUCCUAAUAUUACUUUAUAAGAUGCUUUUUCUCUAAAAUUAUUUCAUCAACCAUGAUUUUUCUACAAUAAAUUUAAAAAUCUAAUAUAAAAAGGUUGUUGUACCCGAUAUAGACGAAGCGGGUCCAGAUCUGUCAGGUAUUUAAGAUCAAAAAAUUUAAAAUAUUCAAAAAUCUGAAAAUAAUUGAAGCACAAAAAAUAUUUGAAACCCAAAAAAUAUACAAAAAAUGUUCAAAUGUUUAAAAAAAAUCCAAUUUUUUACUCGAAAUCUGACCCGAUGAACCAAAAAUAUCCAAACUUUUAUUCGAAUACCCAAAUCUUAAAAAUUUGAAAUUUAACCCAAACCAAACCUAUACUUUUAGGUUGGUUUCAGUUUAUUUUUUUUUGUCAGGAUAAAAUGUCCAGGCCUAAGAGAAGGUUAUAUAAGAAUGUACAUAUAAUAUCUCAAAUAAAAUAAUUCGUAGAUUAUAUAAUUUUUUUAAAAAAUUCUCUUCUUUGAUAUAAUACGGUUUUAUAUUAUAAUAUAAUCUGAAAAACCCGCGCUUUCGAAGCGCGGGUCAAAAUCUAGUAUAACCCUUAAACCCAAAUAUAAAAAUCUAAAAACUUACGACGAAAUAACCCAAUAUGGAAAUAUAAACCUUAAUGCAAUGUCAACCUAAUUUUUAAUAAAUUAAACCCAAAUUUCAAAACGCCAGUAAGAUGCAUUACCAUUCUACAUGAGGCAUAUAGAAUAGAAAAUGUGAAAAUGUAGUUGCAAUCUAAGGAUCAUCUUAACAUUUGGUAAUGUUUGCCCCAAUGUCAACCCCAAUUGUACAUAAACUAAACUCUAUCAACUAAUCACUAAACCCUACACGGAAAUAUAAACCCUACUCCAAUGUCAACCCUAAUCUUUCAUAAACUAAACCAUAGCCACUAAUCACUAAACCCUACAUGGAAAUAUAAACCCUAAUCCAAUGUCAACUCCAAUCUUUCAUAAACCAAACCGAAAUUUUGAAAUGCAAGUAACAUACAUUUCCAUUCUACAUGAGCAUAUUGAAUAGAAAAGGUGAAAAUGUAGUUGCAAUCUAAAGAUCAGGUUAACAUAUUUUUCAACUGUUGGUAUGGCUACGCCUUCAUGGAAGGUGGUAAUGUUUGCCCUAAUGUCAACCCCAAUUGUACAUAAACUAAACCCUAUCAACUAAUCACAGAAAUAUAAACCCUAAUCCAAAGUCAACCCCAAUAUUUCAUAAACUAAACCUUAACCACUAAUCACUAAACCCUACACGGAAUCCAAUGUGAACCCCAAUCUUUCAUAAGCUAAACCCAAAUUUUGAAAUGCAAGUAACAUACAUUUCUAUUCUACAUGAUCAUAUAACAUAGAAAAGGUAACAAACGAUAUAGCACAAUACAUAUAUAUUGUUCAAAUUUUGAAGUGUAUGAUUAUAGGAAAUGGUUAAUGCUUACACCAAAUUUAGAUUGAUUGUAGCGAAAAGAAAUGAAGAUUGACGACAUUAGUGAAAAGAGAUGGAUGAGACAACAUCAUAUAAAUAUCAUUCCCAUUCAACAUCACAUUGUAUUUUUUUUUUUUUGGUGCCAUAAUAAAUUAUAUUCCAUUUACGUUCAAUAUAUUAUUUAUAUUUACAAAAUCAUAUACAGACUAAUAUAAAACACAUGUAUACACCAAUACAAAACUCAUAUUAAUAGAAUAUGAAACAACAACGAACAAUUAAACCCUCUCUUUCAAGCAUCGAAUGAAAUAUGACUUACUAAAUAGUAUAUUAUAUAUUAAUAAACAUGGCAAAUAAGAGAAGAGCCAAAUUUGAAGGAAAGACCGUCUAUUCCAUUUCAUAAAAUAGUAUAUAAAUACUAUUACCGGUCCAACUCAUCCAUGACAAACCUGAAGAACAAAAUGAAAAUGAUUACACACGUUAGUUUACAAGUUGGAAGGAAAUGACAGCAUGUGAGAUAGGCUACUAGUAUAUGAAUUACUUUAUGCUUAGGUUAAAUGUUUAGUUUUAUCAAUCCCAAAUAGCCUAUGCGAGUAAAAAAAUAACAUAUGCAAUUAGAAUUGUACCAUCUGAUAUAAUAUAUAAUUGAUAUAUAUGGAACGAAACAUAUGGUCAGAAGGAAUGGAAAGCGAAUAGUAUAUUAGUUCUGAUACGAUUCUACAAAAAUAGCAGAGGAAUGGAAUGACAAGUAGUCAAUCUCUAAAACUAAGAUUUUCCAUUUCAAAUAGCACAUGUUUCAUAAAAUAUUCAAUUUCACAGAGAACUAAACUUGUUUUAUCGCAAAAGGGACUUUUCAUUCCAUAAUCACUAUCCCCUAUUCGCAGUAAACAGAUAAGUUCAAUCCUAAAUCAAUUUGUUUACCGCAGCUUACCAACUUAGAAUAGACUAGGGCCGAAUCUAUUCCAAAUAGGAAAAAUAACAUUGAAAUAAUAGAAUCUAUGGCACAAAACAGAGAACUUACAUAUUACAAUAGGUCUCAACCUAAUCGCCGAUAUGAAAGAGAUGAGGUUCUGGUGGUCGUUCACGCCGAUCACACAUACGAACUCUUCUCGCAACCAAUUUCACAAGCGCAGACGAUUUCCCCUUCGCAACGAACUUCUAGGAGUCGAAGAAACGCAGAGGAGGCCGACAGUGGCGACUGUGAAGAGAAAAUUGGUGGGCUGGAAGAAGACCAGCAGUGGCGAUUGUAAAAAUCUGAAGAUGUGAAGUCGAGUAAAGCCACGAUUUACUUUUGUGGGAUUAAUAAUUAACUUUUGUUUUAUUUUUUAGCAGGUUGCGCCGGUGGAGGAAAUGGGUAUUACAGUAUUAAUAUGUAUGUGUAACGGCGUGAAUAUGUUUGUUAGGGAUAAUGGCUACUUGGUGAAUUAGGCUUUUUGUGGUUAUAUGACCCAAUUUCCCUAGAUAUUAUGUUUGUUAUUUCUUUGUAAUUUUAUGGUUAUAAAAUUUAUUUACAUUUAUAUUUAUAAAAUUUAUUUAUAUAUUUAUUUUUUGGUUUAACAAUAUCAUACCUAUUAUGUAUUUAUUUUUUAUAAAAUAUUAUAUUAAAACUUAAAAACUAUUAAUUAUGAAAAGAACAUAACAAAAUAAUAUAUUUAUUUUAAUGAAAUUUGUAUUAGUUAGUAAGACAAUGUUAACUGUAUUUGAAGAAUUUAAUAGUAUUACAUAAAGUUAUAAUUAUUUACUAUUAAUUAUAAUUUUGAAAUAAUGUAAUAUUAUUAAUUACUGAUUAAAUAUACCCUAAAUAAAAAUUAUAAUUGAUAUUUUAGAAUAAAAAUAUAUUACAAUAUAAAGUAAAUGAUAAUAAUCAUUUAGUGAUUUAUUACUUGAAAAUAAAAUAAAAAUAAAUAAAAUAUUAUAUUUUUAAAAAAUAUAUAUAUAAAGAAAAUGAUAAUAAUCCAUUAGUGAUUUUUACUUGAAAAUAAAAAAAUAUUUGAAUUAUGUAAAAAUAAUUUAAAAAUACAAAUAAUACCGUAUUUUUAUAUUUAGUUACGAAUUUGAAAUAAUUAAUAAUAAUAAUUUAAUUAAAUUCUUAAAUGAAACACAACAAAAUAUAUUUUAAAUAUUUUGUGUGAUGAAUAGUGUUACACCAAAUUCGGUGUAACAUUAUUUACUUUACCCCAAAUUUAGUAGAAUGGUGUAAUUUUUGGUGUUUCAUAGGAGAUGAAUAUACAACAAAUUUGGUGUUUUAGUGUCUCACUAUAGUCGGCCUUAGUGUCUAGCAAGUGGUGGUUAUAAACGCAUAAAAGAAAGUAAAAAAGUCAAAUAAAUUCUAUUAGAAAAGAUUUUGUCACAAAUAUUAAAAUUUAGGAUUUUUAGUGAUAAUUAAACUCCAUCAACUAUUUUUGAAUCGUAGAAAAAAACUCUCAACUAAUUUUGUAAUGUUUUAACCCCUCAACUUACAAACUGUUAACUUAUGUCACCCUCCAUAUAUAAUUCUAUAAAGGAAGGUGACUGGUCGCCACCAGCAACUAAGAGGGACAGUUUUAGAAAUAUUAAAUAUUUGGUAUGCCAAAACACAAUAAUCAGCAAGAAAGGAUGGUUAUAGUGCUGUUGUGCACCCCUUAUACCUCAGGUUCGACACACCCUAUGGCAUUUAUGAGAUGUACACCCAUUAAAAGAUUUUUCUGCAUUCGCCACUGAAGGUGACAUACGUUAAAACAUUACAAAAAUAGUUGAGAGUUUUUCUUUCGAUUUAAAAAUAGUUGAGGGAUUUAAUCACUAAAACAGAUUUUUCCACAAAUUGGUUUAACAAAAAAAAAUAAGUUGAUUUUUCUCUAGUUAUCAAAUAUUUUUUGUUAACUAAGAACACUUUAGGUUAGACAAAAUAAUUGUAAACCGACUGUGGGACAGUCUUAGCCUAAGUACAUAAAUAACGGGACUGUAAAAUCCAACUAAAAAAAUUGGUUAUCGGAUAAUACGGAUUCCAAGUAAGAAAUUUUGAUUCACAACCGUUGCAAAAUUAUAUGAAAAGAAGAUAGGGUCUGUUGGAACUAGUCAAAUAUAUUCUUUUUGUAGAGAAUGAGUUAGGCCAUUGAAAAUGUCAAAGCAUCCUUACAAAGGAUUUCUUAAGAUUCCUCACCAAGCCGGGCACCUAAUGACGGGUUUCAUAUUUGGCGUAGUUAAAUAUCACCAUCAAAUGGCCAAACUCAUUUUCUUAACUAGUUCUCGCACAUCCGAUUUUCUUUUCGUAUAAUCCCGUAAUAAUUGCUAAUCAAACAUUUCUUAUUUGGAAUCCAUAUAAUCCGAUAAACAAAUUUUCUUUAAUCUGAACCCACAUGAUCAAACAUUUCUUACUUGGAACCCACGAUAAACAAAUUUUCUUUAAUCCGAACCCACAUGAUCAAACAUUUCUUACUUGGAACCCACAUAAUCCGAUGAACUUACAUUUUACAGUCAUUUUGUCCAAUCCAAAGUGUUAGUUAAGACAAAUAUUUGAUACUUAGAGAAAAACCAACUCAUUUAUUCUUUAUUUAAAUCAAUUUAUUUAAAAUUUGUUUUAGUGAUUAAAACUCUCAACUAUUUUUUAGUCGGAAAAAAACUCAUUGAUUAAGUUAUUAAUGUUUAAACCCUCAACUUAUAAACCGUUAACGUCUGUAACCUUCCGUUACAGAAUUUUGGACAGAUGGUGACACACGUUAAUAGUUUGUAAGUUGAGGAUUGAAACAUUAAAAAAUUAGUUGAAGUUUUUUACUAUUCAAAAAUAGUGGAUGGUAUUUAUCACUCAAAACCCUAAAACUUCCAUUUUUGUAUAUGUAUAGUUAUAAAAUAUAUAUUCACAAAAUAUUUAAAUGUUCAACAAAUUUUUAGUAUUCAAUAAUUGAAGUUUUCUUGGAAGGCCACCGAAGAGAUUAUAAAUCAUAGGUUCAGAAAAUCCAUAUAUAUAUAUAUAUAAAGAGAAGAAAAAAAAACAGAAAAUAGAAAGAAAAAAAAACUAGAAGUAAGCACUGAAGCGAAUUGGUAAGUCUCACUUUUUCAUCCGUGAAGAUUCUGUUCGAAUUUUCUAAUAUUUGGUCUUGUUUGACACUCAUUAUUGCUUUAAUGACUAUGUUAUCUGCGUCUUUUGGUUUAAAAUCAAGAACUGACAUGAGAAUUAAUUAAUCUGCAGAUAUCAGAAAUUACAGUAUUUGGUUUGAUUACAGAAUGUCUAACCAUUCAGCUCCAUUGUUAGCUAGGGAGCAUAUAGAUCCCAUGGAUCAAGACUUGAACCAAAACUCAUUAACUUCUUCAAGAAAAAGAAGAUUGCGUCGUUGUAGAAGCGCUCCUCGGGGUGAUUGUAUGUACAAUGAUGAUGAAGAUGUCAAAACCGACGAACCACCUCCUCAUCGGAGUAUAAUCCCAAUGUUCAGGGAUCUAAACCCGAAUCUCAGGGAAGUGAUCUUGUUCUUUGUUUUAUACCUAACCACUGGUACACUCUGUUUCUACCUCGUGAGAAACCAGAUCUCCGGUAAUAAGACCAACGGUGUGUUGGAUGCCGUCUAUUUCUGUGUUGUAACAAUGACAACCGUUGGAUAUGGUGAUCUUGUCCCUAGUAGUUCAACCUCAAGGCUACUUGCUUGUGCGUUUGUCUUUUCGGGAAUGGUCCUUGUGGGUCACCUUUUAAGUCGAGCAGCAGAUUACUUAGUGGAGAGGCAAGAGACUUUGCUUGCUAAGGCUUUCGAUUUGCGCAAAACAGUUGGUCCAACAGAAAUUCUCAAGGAGUUGCAUACUAAGUUGAGACACAAAUGCUAUGUGACAUUUCUUGUCCUUGUAGUUCUCGUCCUUGUCGGUACGAUUUUCCUUGUAAUGUUUGAGAAAAUGCCGGUUAUUGAAGCUUUCUACUGUGUUUGUUCCACCGUUACAACAUUGGGUUAUGGAGAUAGGAGCUUUAACUCGGGAACCGGACGUCUUUUCGCUGUGUUUUGGAUUUUGACGAGCACGAUAUGCUUGGCUCAGUUUUUCCUCUAUGUAGCUGAGCUAAAUGCAGAAACCAAACAGAGAGAGUUAGUGAAAUGGGUUUUAACAAGGAGAAUCACAAACAAUGAUCUCGAAGCAGCUGAUCUUGAUGGAGAUGGAGUUAUCGUAGCUGCGGAGUUUAUAUUAUAUAAACUAAAAGAAAUGGGGAAGAUUGAUGAGGAAGAUAUUGAUGGGAUAUUGCAAGAGUUUGAGCAACUUGAUUACGAUGAUUCGGGAACUCUGACGAAUUCUGAUCUCAUUCUUGCUCAAACCACGUCUUAGAUACAAAGGUAAGCAUACUUCUUUAGUUAUUAUACCUGCACACGACCAAACAAAAAUCAAAAAGAAUGUACAGUUUUGGGUCUGUGUGUGUGUGUGUGUUUUAAUGUAAUGCCACACACUCAGUUUUUUAUUGUUACUUGAUGCGUAAGUUUACAUAUAUACUGUGUAUAUGAGUUUACACAAGUACUGUGUAUAUGAGUAUACACAAGUACUGUGUAUAUGAGUUUACACAAGUACACAGAUUGGUUUUCUCGAAGGACAGGUGAUAAUGAUGGUUUUAUUGCUUUG